AUGAUAUGUGCCAGAAUCAAUCUUCAACAAAGGCCAAAGACCACCGUUAAGUUUGGGAGGGCAGCCACUCCGGACCAGCCACGACGAUAUUGCCAGAAGCGGCUGGUUAAUCCAGAUCACGAUGAAGGUCCUAGAUGGAUCGGCGUCUUUGAAAGGUUCCACUGCAACGGUAUGAAUAGACAAGAUGGUACUCCCAACAAAGAGACCAGACAAAAAGACGCCGAUGAUUUAUUUCUUUCAGUGCAAAACUUGAAAUUCCUUGGCGACGAGCAGAGAAAGCGUUCACGGACAAGCUUUAAGUAUAAAACUUUGAUGGGUCACAAUACACACAGGAUGUUUGUUAAGCAAAUAGUUGAAGAUCAGGAUCUCUCUGAAGAUGGCCGCUCUUCUCAACAGACAUGCUAUUACUUUGAUGAUUAUGCUAAAUACGUCACUAACACAGACAGAUCAAGACCAUCUUCUGGAAAAUCAAGCAUCUUUCUUCAAGGAAUUACCACAAAGUUUAAACAAAAUAAAGCUGUACAAGUAGAUACCACAAAAACAAUGGUUUCAAAAAAGACACCCAUAGUAGAACAAAAACUCAAGAACUCACACAAACCAGGAGGUAUUCACAAUGAAGUUACAUCUAAAGUUACGUGUGAAAAAGAUUCAAACAUUGACGAUACAAAGAUAGCCUUUCAUAAAUCUGGAAAAAGAAAAAGUCUUACUAUAACUAGGGUUCCGAGUCCUGAAACCGUUCAAGUAAUUCGAGUAGAUGUGGUCUGUAAUUUCAGUAACAGCUCUACUAUGUCCGAUUAUGACGAGAAUAAGAAGCAAACACAAACCGACAGUGAUAAACUGAUUGAGAAUAAAUUCGAAAACUUCAAUAUUAGAAACAAUCAUUACGCGAACAAAUACCUGUUAAUGAAUACGAUCAAAACUCUGGAUGAGAAUGUUUCGGCUGGUGCUAAAGUUACUUUACUUUGUAAGACUUUUAGAUUGACUGAUAGAGGCAAGGGGAUGAGUAAAAAAUCGGCUAAUAAAGUUGUACACAAAUAA